AUGAUUUGUCAUAAUCUAUCUAUCUAUCUAUCUAUCUAUCUAUCUAUCUAUCUAUCUAUCUAUCUAUCUAUUAUAUACCCAUCCACUCACACAAUCUCCCUGUCUUUCUCUCUCUCUCUCUCUCGCACAUACAAGCUCUCUCUUUCUUUUUCUCUCAUUCUUUCACACCGCUUUCUCAUUUAUCAUUGCUCUCUCAUUUUCGGUCUCUCUUUAACAUUAACUCUCAUUUUCCCUCCCCACUCUCUCUCUCUAAUAUUUCCCUGCUUUUCGGUUCUCUUGGGCAUUCUUUCUUUCUUUCUCUCUCUCUCUUAUUCUCACUCUCUCUCUCUUUUGCUCUCUCUUUUCUCUCUCUCAUCUUCCUCUUUACAUUCUUACUAUCUCUCCCUCUCUCUCGCUCUCUCUCUCCCUAAUCUUUUCCUGUUUUUCAUAUUCUUUUUAGCAUUCUUACUAUCUCUCUCUCUAUCACUCUCUAAUCUUUUCCCGCUUUUCAUAUUCUCUUUAGCAUUCUUACUAUGUCUCUCUCUUUCUAAUCUUUUCCUGCUUUUCGGUGUCACCAAUUUCUCUCUAUCACGCUCUAUCUCCCUCUCUCUCUCACUCAUACUUUGGCAGUUGUCCUAUGUCUGUCUUACUCUCUCUUCAUACCAUCAGCAUUUCCAAUCAAGGACGGCAAUCUUUCUGCUGGCGGGCUUUCACCUGCCGUGUUUAUUUCCCAGUCCGUUUGCUCGUCCUUGUAUUAAAACAACAUGGCGUCGAAAGUGA